AAGAUGGACUAUGCCAAGAAGUCGCUAGGCCUGCUGUCCCCAAGCUCCCUCUCCAGGUGUGUUUCUGUCAGUGCCUCCAUGACCCAGCAGCUGCUGUCCAGUCCUGUCCCCAGGGCCCGGCCCUAUCGCAUCUGCAACUGGGACCGUAGCAUCCGCAAGGGCCUCGUGGCAGAGAGCCUGAGGGACCUGCUUGACAAGGUCCGUGCCACUCUGCUGAUGGUGGGCGCCAUCUUGCUGGUCCUGGAUGAGGAUGGCACCAGCGUGGAGACGGAGGAGUUCUUCCAGACGCUGGAGGAAGGCACCGUGUUCAUGGUACUAGGCAGUGGGCAGACAUGGCAUGCAGCCAAGAUGGCAGGGUACCAGCUGUCUCUCUCCCGCAAGCCCCGCCGGAGGAUUGAUGUGGCCUGUGUGACUUUUGACCUGUACAAGACCAACCCUCAGGACUUGGGCUGCUUGAAUGUCAAGGCCACGCUCUACGGCACGUACAGCAUGUCCUAUGACCUGCGGUGCUAUGGGGCAAAGAGGCUCAUGAAGGAAGCCCUGCGCUGGACCCUCUUCACCAUGCAGGCCACGGGCCAUGUGCUGCUCGGCACCUCCUGCUACAUGCACCAGCUGCUGGAUGCUACGGAGGAACAGAAAGAAGAGGAGGCCUCAUCUCUGCGGAGCCUCCAGCCCCUUCAUUGCAGGAAGAUGCUUCAGUGA